AGCAAACUCCUGGUUCGUUUUUGAAAUUACUGUUCGCUUUAUCACUCCAUUCGGCUAUCGUUGAGGGAACCUUGUUGCGUACUCCUCUGUUUUUUGUUCUGGUUCACACACACACACACACACCAUCACUUUAUUGUUACUCCUAUUCCCCCCCCCCCUACGUCCAAGCAACAACACACAAUGUUCAGCUCCAAGUCCGAGUACGAUCGUGGUGUGAACACGUUCAGCCCCGAGGGCCGCAUCUUUCAGAUCGAGUACGCCAUCGAGGCGAUAAAGCUGGGCAGCACAAGCCUGGGCAUCCAGACCCCGGAAGGCGUCGUCCUGGCGGCAGAGAAGCGCGUGCCGUCGACGCUGGUGGUGCCGUCGAGCAUGAAUAAAAUUAUGGAGGUGGACGGCCACAUCGCCGCGGUGAUGAGCGGGAUAGUGGCUGAUGCCCGCAUCCUCGUCGAGCACGCCCGCGUGGAGUCGCAGAACCAUCGCUUCACCUACAACGAGCCGAUGUGCGUGGAGUCGUGCACGCUGGCGACGUGCGACUUAUCGAUUCAGUUUGGCGAGAGUGGCGGCAAGCGCAAGCUGAUGUCGCGUCCUUUUGGUGUCUCGCUGCUCAUAGCCGGCGUGGAUGAGAAGGGGCCGCAGCUGUGGCAGACGGACCCGAGCGGCACGUACACACGCUACGACGCCCAGGCUAUCGGCGGCGGCGCUGAGGCUGCGCAGAACGUCUUUACAGAGCGCUACCACCGUAACAUGACGCUGGAGGAGGGCGAGACGCUCGCGGUGGACAUUUUAAAACAGGUGAUGGAGGACCAGCUGUCUCCCGAGAACAUCGAGGUUGCUGUAGUCCGCGUGGAUGACGGGAAGCUGCACAUGUACAACCCGACAGAGAUCAAGGCUAUCAUUGCGCGCCUGGCCGAGUAA